CGAGCUUAUUCGAGAAAAUGGCCGCCGUGAUUCCACCGCCUGUAUUUGUGCCACAAACUCAGCAAAUAAAUGGAGACAUGAUGCAGGAAAAUGGUCCAACAGAAGCUAAAAGAAUAAAGACAGAUGAAGAACUUAUGCUAGGUAUGGCAACAAGAGAGAGGGGUUUUUCAGCAAGUGACAUUAAAAUAGAUGAUACUGUUUUCAUGUCACUUAAAGAUAAACCCAUGCAGUACAUGCUAUUGUUUUAUAUAAAGUAUACAGUAGAUGGUAAAACUUGGGGAUAUUGAACACAUAUUGAACUACAUUGUUUGUUAUAUACUGUCAAAAAUUGUUUUUGAAGAUGUAUGUAAAUAAAAACUGGAAUUGUGAACUAUGAAGAGUGUUGUGUGUACCAUUGUGUUCAUGUGAGAUACCUGUUGUUCCAAAGAAUGAUUGUCGGGUUUGGAAGAUUGAAUUCUGUACAGCAAAUGCACACAUUUUAAAAAAGAAAUAUGUUUGAUAGAAAAAUAUAAAAGGAAAAAAAUUUCCUUAAAAAUCUCUAAAAUGUUUAGUGAAGUGUUAUACUAGUGUGUAUUUGCUAUGAGUUUGUGAGAGGACUGAAUGUAUGGUUGGUAAAUCACCUUGUUAGUACUAAAGUACAACCAUGAAUUGAAGGACACUCUCUUUUUUGUAUUUUGUGAGUAAUAUAGGCUGAGUUAUCAGAGGAGAAAAGCUGGAAAUCCAUUGAAGACAGUAGACUUACGAAAACCUGCUACAUUGGAAUUCACCACCGUCCAGAACUGUAGCAAUUCAAGACAAGUCUUGAGUCAGCAUCAGGAACUCUUUUUGCCCCUAAAAAUAUUCAGAAGAUUUUUAACUGCAUAUCAUUUUAACAUAACCAUAACCUAUGGUAGUCUAAAAACAAAAAGUCUGAAAAUUAUAGAAAUUCUUUCAGGGUACUUUUUUUUUUUUUAAUGGGGAGAAAGUUAUUCAAGUUUUUCAGUUGAGGGUCUCUGAAGUCUAAAAUAAUAAAUUAUAUUUACUGAAAAUUAAAAAAAAAGAUGAAAAUAGACUUUUGACAUUGCCAUAUGAUAUUGAAGAUUUUUUUGAUGGACAGAGACUUAAUGUGUCUUUUUCCCUUCUUCUCUCUGUACUUUCAGUCGUCCUCUAACAAGUAUCGCAGGGAAGAAAGCGUGCACUUUGCAGGAAUACCCACAUGGAUUACCAGCGAAUGCCAUCAGUUUCAUAUCAUUUGCUUACUAGUAGAGUCUCAUGCAUCUACACUGUUAUGAUUAUGUUUAAACCCUUUUUUAUUGCUAUUUUAAUGAAACACAUAAGCAUACUUUGUAAAUAGUAUACAGAAACAAAAUUUUAAUGAUCAUGAUGAUAUUUAGAAGUACACGAACAUGAUGAAUAUUGAAAGAUUUUUCACAUCAAGACACUUAACAAAAGUUAAAUAAACUGUGUAUGUAGAAUUGGUUGUUAUGAGUGAAAGUGUGAGAUGGUGUGCAUGUUUCCAUAUAACCUCUCUGUUUGUAUUUGCAGAAUUCAGCCAGACAAGAAGGGAAAAGAAUGUUUAAUAUCUACUAAUACUUCAGAAGUAUCUGAAUAUUUAAACAUGAAUUAAUUGUUCUGUCUUUUCGAUUUCUAGAGAGUUAAUUAUUUUUUAGAAUGCUGUAUGCAUUGUUUAUUUCAGGUGAAACAUUCCUCUCUUGAAUUUAAUGUGACGAAAUCUGAGAAAAUGUGCAUUAAUGUGGACAUCCCAUGAGAAAAAAUUCAACUCAUAAAGUGGACUUAAUUUUUCUUGCAAAUCUUCAUAUUUUAUUUUGUGCCUUUGAAUUUAUAGACUCACGAGUGUCUGAUAAAUAUUUACCCUCAUGUAUGUUAAGCAGAAAGUUGCAAGAUUUAUUUUUUGAAUUCUGAAUAUUUUUAAUAGUUGUGUCCAUGACAUGGGCACACACUGUGCAAUCAUAUCCCCUAUGAAAGGAUGGUAAGUAUUAAAGGCACAAAACAUGGCCCACUUAAAGAAAAUUCUUUUUAGUCCUUUGUUUGAUGCAUAGACAGGGAAAGUGUAUUUUGCAAUGCUUGCAUUUAUGUGUUGAGAAUAUUUUGCCUGAUGAACACUCACCCAUGGUUCUUUUCUUUCCUUCUGUGUUUUUCAUGUAAAAAGGAAAAAAUGAGGGUGACCCCCUUUUCAUGUGGCGACCAAUAUUUCAUGAUGCUGUGUUGCCAUGACAACAUGAAUCAGACAUCCUCCACUGGAGCGUAGCGAGAAUGGAGUUUACAUACCACAGGCUGAACAGAUUGGAUCUAUUCUGGAAGGACCAGGGGCCAAACGGGACCAAAAACCCUUUGUUCUUCCCAAACUCUCUUCAUCCCAACAUGAACUGGUGCAGAAAGCCAAGAAAUAUGCCUUUGAGCAGAGCAUCAAAAGUGUCCUAGUUAAACAGACAAUCGCCCAUCAACAGCAGCAAAUGCAGAAUUUCCAAACAACGGUUCAAAGACAGCAGGCUCUGGCUUUGAUGUGUCGGAUUUAUGUGGGCAGCAUUAACUUUGAGAUAAAGGAAGACACAAUCAAACAAGCCUUCAUUCCUUUUGGUCCAAUAAAGAGUGUUAACCUGUCAUGGGAUCCUGUCACCAACAAACACAAGGGCUUCGCCUUCAUUGAAUACGAGAUUCCCGAGGCGGCACAGCUAGCCUUGGAACAAAUGAACAGUGUUAUGAUCGGAGGGAGGAAUAUCAAGGUGGGUAGACCCAGUAACAUGCCUCAAGCUCAGCCUAUCAUUGAACAGCUUGCACAGGAGGCCAAAAAUCACAACAGAAUAUACAUAGCCUCAAUACACCAUGACCUUACCGAAAAUGACAUCCAAAGUGUCUUUGAGGCCUUUGGAAAGAUUGUCAAUUGUAAACUGGCCACAGAAACUGGAAAGCCAGGCAAACACAAGGGAUAUGGUUUUAUAGAGUUUGACUCACAACAAGCUGCACAGGAUGCUGUGACGUCUAUGAAUUUGUUUGACUUGGGAGGGCAAUAUCUUAGAGUAGGAAAGGCCAUCACCCCUCCUGAUGCCCUUCAGCCCAUGGCUGGCCCAGGGACACUCCCCACAGCUGCUGCAGUGGCUGCCGCGGCUGUCACAGCUAAAAUUACAGCUCUCGAUGCUCAGGAACAAAUUAAGAGUCUCGCACCCCCAGGAAUUGCCAAGCCUCUGAGUUUAGCGGACAGUCCUGCUCUCUCUAGCUCACCUGUCCCCCCGCCAGGUAUUGUAGCCCCUGUCCCUGUACCCCCUGUGUCUGUUGUUGUCCCACAGCUAGGGUCAGUGGGUAUUGUGGCUCCGACCAGUCUGGGAAUGGUGAUGCCUCCUAAUGUAGAGGGGGUUCCAGGAAUUGUCCCUCCUGCAGGAGUGGUGGCUCCAACAGCUUUAGGGUCGGCACCAGUCCCUGUACCUGUGCCGACCUCAAUACCAGUUUCCAUCCCAGCCAUGAUACCCCUCCCACCCCAGGAUAAAGAAAAAGACACGAAGAAGGAGGAAGAAGAGAAGAAGAAAAAGAAGGCAGAAGAAGACGCAGCACAAACGCUGGACCAACAAGAGAACAUGAAGAUCAGUGGCACCAACGCUCGACACAUGGUGAUGCAGAAACUGAUGAGGAAAACAGAGUGUAAGGUUAUGGUUCUGAGGAACAUGGUGGGGCCGGAGGACCUUGACAGUGAAUUGGAGAACGAGGUCACCGAUGAAUGCGGAAAAUACGGAAAUGUAAACCGGGUCAUCAUCUAUCAGGAGAAACAGAGCGAGGAAGAAGACGCUGAGAUUAUUGUCAAAAUAUUUGUAGAAUUCACUGCUCAGUCAGAAGUGGAAAAGGCCUGUGCAGCUCUAAAUGGCAGAUACUUUGCAGGAAGAAUCGUCACAGCAGAAAAAUAUGAUGAGGACAUGUUUAAUGCAAAUGAUUUAUCUGGAUGAAGAAAAGUGAUUGUUCUGAAAAUCUUGUGUUUGUAUACAUGUGCAUGAUCCACUCAAGUAGACAUUGAACUCUGCCAAGGUCACAGAAUUGUUGUAAAACAUAAUGACUCAUUGCUUGGUGAUAUAAUGAUUCACUGUCUAGUGCUGUUGGUUAUUCCCAGUCUUGUACUGGGUAAUCUUAUGUUUAUAAUGAUGUCAUGUUUUAUCAUCAUCGUUAGACUUUCCACAAUGGGUAUACCUAUUAGAGAUUGACUUUUACAUCCAAGAUGUAUACUGUUUGUGUUGGCCCAUCGACAGGAACAUUGAUUCUAUACUAAAAUAAUAAAGAUAACAAUAUC